UUGAUAGUUAAUUCAUUUGCAAGUAAUAUAAAAUGAAGAAAUUUAUAAAAUUUUCAGAUUUUCUUAUCUCUUAGUAAAUAAAAACUAAGAGCAUCUUUAACGUUAGGAACCAAUAAGAGUUACCAAAAGAAAAAAAAAAUUAAUAUUAUAAUAUUUUAUUUACUUUUUAUUUUCUUGUAAAAAGUAAAACCAAUAACCAACUGACACAUAUGUAUAUGUAUGUAUGUUUCGAAACUAUCUCUAAGAGCACCCACAACCGUGGAUUUUGAUCAAUCCUUAGACAAAAUCCGUAGGAUUAGGGUAUUAAAAAAAUAAUAUUUAUGCUUAAUGGAGGAAGGACUGCGCCGUCGCGAGGGUUUAGACGGAUCGAAUCCUUAGACACGUGGCUUCUUCUGAGUGGGUGCGUGGGCUAUGCGUUUGGGUGGGGUCAAAAAAAAAAAUCAUUUUCCAUCGAAACCGAAAAAAAAAAAAGUUAAGGAGAGAAAGGCGAUUUACAGGCGAUCUCUCUCGAUCUCGCUCCCUCGGCUCCAGCUAAGGUUUACGAUAAUGGGACAAUACAGUUACAGCCAGCCAUCUUCAUCAUCAAACUCUCAAGACUUAAACUCCCUCCUUCAAGCCGAAGCAGAGAUGUACGCGGCUGAAGCUGAGAUAAGUCAGUGGAAUGCAGAGGCCAUUCACAACGAACCAUCACAAGAGGGUGAUGAUGGAAUCCCCAGGACAUGCUACUGUGGGUCGGAGCCUGUUCACGGUUAUUCCCAAACUCCUAAAGAUCCAUACCGACGGUACAUUACGUGCCCCAAUGCUGAUGAUGGAGACUGCCACGUCUGGAAAUGGUGGGACGUGGCCGUCGAGGAGGAGAUGAGGGACAUUCAGACGGAGCUUAGUGAGCUUAAGGGUGAAGCCAAUGAGCGUGAGCAGAAGCUGCUCAUCCUUGAGAAGAGAAUAGGCGAGCUUACAAAGAAGAAAUCAGGAGCUAAGCUAAUGGUCUUUACCAUAGUUUUAGUAGGGUUGGUGUUACUUAUAAAUGUGCUAGGUUAGUUUCUUUAAUUGUUUCAUCUCUUUUAGUUAUCAAAUUUUAUAGUUUGAGAAAGUUGAUUGUUUGUUCUUCUUUUUCAGGAAAAAUUGAGAAGGAUUCAAAGGAGUGGGGUGUACCAGCUAUGUUUCUUUAACGAGGUAAUUUUUUAACUUUCUGGUGUUUUAACUAUUGAAAACUAUUAGUGGUGUUUUAGAAACCGGAAGGAAAAAUAGCUACAAAACUUAAGUUGCUAGCUACGGUUGCGGGUUUACUUAGUCAAAGAGUUAAUGAAACUCAAUUGCUUUCCACCCUAUGAGCUGGUUUGAUUUGAUGUGCUUUUAUUGGUGUAGAAUAGUCAAAAAACUUAAGUUGCUAGUAGCUACCAUUGUACUUUACUUAGUAGAAUAGUUAAUGAAACUCAACUGCUGUGGUGUGAUUGCUUUUAAUUAGUUAAGUGAUAGAAGGCUUAUUAAUAAGCCCUCUGUGUCACUAGUAGAGUGUCACAGAGAAGCAAUUGAAACCAUGCCUAAUAACUCACAAAGUUUUACUAGCUUUCUCCUUAGUCAAAAUACAGUUGACCUUGAUUCACCAGAACCUUUUUGGUUCGGUAGUCAAGGUCCUGAUGCGUCUGGUAGCGAGGUUCCUGUUGCGUCUCCUGUGCUGUCUGGUACCGACGUUGGUGCUAAGUCUGGUGUGAAUUCUAACCCUGAGAGGAGGAAAUGGACUCUAGCAGAGGAUAAAAUCCUUAUUGGUGCUUGGCUAAACACCAGUAAGGACCCUGUGGUGAGCAACGAGCAGAAAACCGGUGCUUUCUGGUUCCGUAUAGUUGAGUACUACAACGCCAGUCCCCUCCUCGCUGGGACAAUACGGAGAGAACUAAUGUCUUGUAAGCAGAGGUGGGCAAGGAUAAACGGCGACGUUGCCAAGUUUGCUGGCUCCUAUGAUGCGGCUCUGAGGGAGCAGAGAAGUAGGCAAAACGAUGAUGAUGUGAUGAAAACGGCGUUAGACAUUUUCUUCAAAACGUUCGGCUACAAGUUCGCCAUGGAUCACAGCUGGAGGGAGCUGAGGCACGACCAGAAAUGGUGCUCCUUAUAUCCGGCAAAGGAGAAGCGCAAACAAGCUGUGGAGGUGGAUACAGAAGAAGAGCAGUUUGUCGAUCCAGAGGUUAGACCACCAGGGGUAAAGGCUGCGAAAGCUGGUAAGAAGAAGAAGAGUGGCAGGGAGGAGGAGUUGUCGCAGCUACAGGGGGUUUUAGAAAUUAAACAAAAACUGUCAAAACAGAAGCUUCUUGAUCGUUUACUCGCAAAAACAGAACCUCUCUCUGAAAUGGAAAUCAGUCUUAAGAUCAAACUAAUGUCAGAAAUGUUAUGAUAUUUUAUUAAUCUUGCUUUUUAGGUAUUAUAACUAUUUUGUGUACUUGAUCACUCUGUUAUUUGGUCGAAAUUGAUAUUUUUAAAAAUGCUUACUAACUCUUAUCACUCUGUUUUGACAGGUUGACGCAUGUGGGAAGGAGUCACGGGUGCAUUUGGUCUGUAGCUCUUGUGGGAAGGAGUCACGGGUGUUGCAGGAGCCACGGGUGUUGUAGGAGUCACGGAUGACUCUGUUUCCUUUAGUAUAAGUAGUAGUGUUGUAGUUGUCUCUGAGAGUUUGUAUUAAUCAACUCUCUUUGUUUUCCUCGGAGCUGUUCUUAUCUACCACUGCACUGAAGUUUAGGUAAUCUACUCUAUUUGUUUUCAAACUUGGAAAAAAACGUGUAUCCUCUAUAUUUGAAUGAAUGUCUGAUCCCUUCUAGUAUUUGCUUGUUCGGACUAAUACCAUCUAAUAAUAUUUAGAAAUUCCUUCUAGUGCACAUUUGAACCAUAUAGAGUUUCAAAUGACUAUGAUUGAUACGUUUUAAAUGGUAUCACGAUAAUGAGUCUACACGUUUUAAAUGGAUGUGAACAUAUAAUAGUUAGAAAUUCAGUUGAUUACGAUCACGAUUAUGAGUCUUGGGUUGUAGUCUUACUUGAAAUUAUUAUUAGCCUGUAGCACAAAUUUGAUUACGAGUCAAACCAAACCAAUAAUGAACUUUAAUGUGGAGUAAACCAAUGAAACCAAUGUUGAAAUUUAAUGGAAUUUGAUUAUGUAACAUUGCCCUUUUGUUUAAAAUAAUAUUUUGGUUAAAACUAUAAUAAAAAUGUCUAUCCAAUCUUAUUUGUUUAAGAUAAUUAUUUUCUAGAAAUGUCAUCAUCUUCAUCCGAUGAAGUCGAUGCAAGAUUGGACGAAAUUUGUGAUGAAUACGUGGAAGAAAUAUACAACGACAUAGUGGAGACCCAAACCAUACCACAAAGGACACGUCAGUAUGUUGAACGACACCGCGAAGGAGGACAAGACCAGUUAUGGAAUGACUAUUUCAGCGAAGAUCCGACAUUCUCGACUGCAAUAUUCAGACGCCGUUUUCGCAUGAAUAAGAAUUUAUUCUUGCGUCUUGUUCAUGGCCUAGAAGAGUACUUUCCAUUCUUCCAGCAAAGAAGAGAUGCAACCGGGAGAUGGAGUCUUACGGCACUACAAAAAUGUACUGCUGCUAUUCGACUGCUUGCUUAUGGUAAUGCGGCUGACACCGUUGAUGAAUAUCUCCGACUUGCUGAGACCACUGCACUUUCGUGUUUACAUAAUUUCACAGACGGAAUUAUACAAUUAUUCGGAAAUGAGUAUCUACGACGACCCACACCGGAGGAUCUCCAACGGCUAUUAGAUAUUGGAGAGAAACGAGGGUUUCCUGGGAUGGUCGGGAGCAUUGAUUGUAUGCAUUGGGAGUGGAAAAACUGCCCAACCGCUUGGAAAGGACAAUAUGCACGUGGAUCGGGAAAACCGACAAUUGUCUUAGAGGCGGUAGCUUCUCAAGAUCUUUGGAUAUGGCACGCCUUUUUUGGUCCUCCAGGUACCUUAAACGAUAUUAAUGUUCUCGAUCGAUCUCCUGUUUUUGAUGACAUUUUACAAGGUCGAGCUCCGAGGGUAAAGUACAUGGUCAACAGACACACGUAUAAGUUGGCGUACUACCUCACAGACGGUAUAUAUCCAAAAUGGUCGACAUUUAUCCAAUCUAUCACACUCCCACAAACUCCUCAACAUGAGUUAUUUGCUAAAGUUCAAGAAGCAACCCAAAAAGAUGUGGAGCGGGCUUUUGGAGUUUUGCAAUCUCGAUUUGCAAUUGAUAGAAAUCCGGUUAAAACAUUGAACAAAGAAAAGAUAGGGAAGAUUAUGAGAGCAUGUAUCAUACUCCACAAUAUGAUAGUCGAAGAUGAACGGGAUGGAUACUCUCGUAUUGAUAUAUCUGAAUUUGAAGAAGGAGACGCCUCCAGAUGUUCAGAGGUGGAAACCGAGAUGCCAACAAAUCUGAACAAUAUCUUUCCCACUCUGAAUGAUCUUCGUGAUAGGCAAACGCAUGAAAGAUUGAAGAAUGAUUUAAUCCAAAAUAUUUGGAAUAAAUUUGGUGAUGAAGAUUAACAAUUAUUCUAUAUUUAUGUAAAAUUUUUGUUUUUAUGUUUAAUUAAUGUAUUUUAUGUUUAAUUAUUGUUUUAAUGUAAAUUUAUUGUAUUUUUAUGUUAAGUUAUGGAUUAAUUAAUGUAUUAAUUAAUGUAUUUUAUGUUAAAUUAAUGUAUUUUUUGUUUAUUUAUAUUUCAUUAAAAUAAAUAUUUUUUUUCCUAAGGAUUCUAACUUAAGGAUCACCAUUGUACACACAUUUUUAACAAGAGUCCUUAACUAUUCAAAAAAAAAAAAAAUUUAUUACUUUAAUAAUCCUAUGGACUCCGCAAUGAGUGCCACCAUUGUGGAUGCUCUUACGGUGGUUGUUUUAGAACCGUUCUCCUUUCUCUUUCGUACCUUUUUAUUAUUUACUUUAUUUUAUUUUUAAAACGUAUGUCAAAAACCUAGCGUUAAAGAUGCUUUAAAUUAAUGCUAAAAUUAUUUUAUUCAUUGUUCUUAUAUUCCUAAAUUUUCCCGUGUAAGGCUUUUUUGACUACAUGAAACUGUAUGGAUUAGUUGUCGGCUGAUUCAUUUUUCCUUGUACAUGAAAUUAUUUUAUUCAUUGUUUUUUACCCUUGUUUUUAUAUUCCUAAAUUUUCUCUAAGGGGGGCUUAUUGGAUUGAGGUUUUCAAAAGUUUUUUGGGAUUUUAGAUCUGCUAGAAUUUAGAUGGGAUUUAAAGAUUUUGGUGGGGUUUUGGAGAUUUUGGUGGGAAUUUAAAUAGGUGAUUUCGGUAGAAUUUAAAAAUAAAAUAACAAAACAACAUAAACUUUCCAAACUGUCGUCUUGUGUUGAUACUGAUUUAUUGUAACAGUACACAGGGAGAACCCAGUGAAAUCGAGCGUCACUCUCUACUUCUAUAGUUUUUUUUUAUGGUUUCACAAUGGUCCUCCGUGCUCAAUAACAUAAACAUGCCCAAUAGACUCCAACUGUGAUAUGAUCAAUAGACUCGAGAGUCACUCUCUACUUUAUUUACAUACUCUUCGUUUCCUCUGUGCUAUGAUCAAUAGACUCCGACUGAUUCCUGAGAUUUUGAUUAUCCUCAAGCAGCCUAUCAAUCUCCAUAAGAAACCAGCCAGCUUGUUUCUCAGAGCCUUUGUUUCAGCGUGUGCACUUUUCAGUUCUUAGCAUUUCCUUUCACUUUGAAAUUCUAGUUUCUUGAUCUUCGCCUUUAAAGAAGCGAUGUCUUCCCCAGGAGCUUUAGUUUCUUCCCCCCUCUUGUUUUUCCCGUUCUCAAAACCUCUGUUAUGUUUCUUUGAAGUCUCUAUUGUCUUCCUCAAUAACUGAAGCUCUCUUAUGUAAUUUGUAGUCAAUCAACCAUGAGCAAGAGAAAUAGCACAACCCUGAAUUAUAUAAUAUGACCAGUAACCAAUAAAGAAUCUAACCUUAAAGCAAAACAGAAGGUUAGUGAGGCAAUGAAGUGAAAUGUGAAGGAAAAAGUGAGAUAAUACUCCAACUGUAUAUCUACAUAUGGUUCGUUAAUUUACAUAUAUGUUUGCAAACAGUGGAUUAACAGCUGUGCGGAGCCUACAAUUGAUGACUACCAAAAAAACUCAACAUGAAGACAUUGCAUAUUAUCGACACUGUUCAAUGAAACUUCUAAACAAAGUUUAGACUUGGGUGUUACAUGGAUGCGUACACAACGCAUCAGAGUGAGAUGUGCCCUCAUUUUUCUUUUCUGGUUGUAACUUUUAUGAAUACAAAAUCCAAUUAGACUUUUAACAGACAUGAACCACUUGAUUCAUCGAGAAUCCGAGAUCAAAGUAUUCACCGGAAACUAUUAAUGAAGAGGUCUAUAAUUAAAAUAUUAAUACAGUUUCCGAAGUGACGAACCCAAUUCUCCUAUUUUGACUUCAUCUUUAUGGUCUUAUCAAUCCAACCCUUUGAACUCGUCGGAUUCUUCUCCGAUCACAUUCUACUUCUUCCAGGUGAAAGCUUCUAUUUCCGAUCGGCACAAAGCAGAUAACACUAGGAGGAGCCGACUCAAAAUUCCAGCAGCUUUUUAAUCGCCAUACCAGCAAUUCCAACUGGUUCCAUUACUUUCUCCAAUUUUUUAUCGCCAUUAAAAGUCUAAACGAAAAAAUGGAAGAACUGUUCUGUUUUAUCAAAAACCAUCUCAUAAGGUGGUAUUUGUCACAACUGGAUUUUCACUAUGAAUUACUUCUCAAACCAUCCCAAAUAACUUUUGAUAAAAUCCAUUGAUGAAAUUCUCAUUUUUCAAUAAGGGGGAAUUUUACGGGAUUUGUAUGAAUAACUAAUCCAAUAAGAGGGGAUUUAGUAGACUUUCUAUAAGUCCUUGAUUCAAUAAGGGGGGAUUUCAAGAAAAAAUAAAAUUCUUUCAAAUUCUCGGUUCAAUAAGCCCCACUAAGAAAAUUUUUAUUUAAAAUAUGGAUUAGUUGUCGGCUGAUUCAUUUUCGUUUUUCUCCCUUUUUUGACUACACGAAACUGUGAAAGCGUUUUUCCUAUAAAGUGAAAAUAAAAAACAACUCUCUCAUUCUUUACUUUCUGUUAACUGAACGUACUUUUGUUCUCGACAAGGAAUGAACCUAUUCAAUCGCACAUACAGUUUUUGUUACUCACUGGAUUUUUUCAGUGUUUGACCAAAUGUGAUAAUGAAUAAUACAUACAUAUAUUUUGAUACGACUGUUUGAUAAUCAUCAUCAUAUCUAUAUCUUCUGUUCUAUAUACAUUUAAUAAAAGAGGGAUCCAUUAGGAAUUGGUCAAAUGGAUUAACACUACAAGAAAACAGCAUAAUUCUGAUGGACAUUCUGACGGAAAAUGAGAUUCUCGGAAUAUUCCGACGAAUUUCCGAGGAAAUUCCGAGGAAAACCAAAAUUUGGGUUUCCUCGGCAUUUCUUCGAAAUAUACCGAUGAAAUACCGAGGAAAUAAUAUUCCUCGGAAAACACCGACGAAUAUCCGAGGAUAUAUUAUAGCCGCUACAGAGCCCUUGGGGGAUUUUAAAAAUUCCGAGGAAAUUCCGAGGGAUAAUAGGAUUUAGGUAUUUCCUCGGAAUUUCCUCGGAAUAGUCUGAGACAUUUCCGAGGAAGUAGGGUUUAUAAACC